AUGCAGGUUAUCCAGACUCGCAUGAAGCAUGUUUCAGUUCUUCAAGAUUCCUCACAUCUGAGGCAGAUUCCAGGACUCCGGCAUGGCAACAUCAAGAAGGUGGAGAUCAUCGGCUUCUGCUCUGCGAAGAGCAUGGUUGAGCUGACCUGCCAUAUUCUUGAGAAUGCAACAUCACUCGAGUGCCUUACAUUGGACACCAUCUCAGGUGGUAUUGGUAUUGGCGAUGUAGAUGCUUAUAGGCUGAAUAGACACAAAUUCGGUGUAUGCUUCAGUGAAGGCAGGCACAUGAUCGUGGAAGCCCACAAAGCGGUCUUGGCUAUCAAAAGACACGUUAUGGUGAAAGUCCCCUCCACUGUCAAGUUAAAUGUUAUCAAGCCCUGCAGUCGUUGUUACCGAGGAAAAAUAGAACUAUCAAGUGUUCAACUGCUGCAAAAUUAUAUGGGCUGUGUUUUCUUUCUUUCUUGA